AUGUUUCCAGCGUCUCUGUUAGUGACUCUGUUGCCUCCACAUUACUCAUGCCCUGAUACCACCCAAACAUUCCACCUACGCAAGCUGAAGGUAGGGAUCACGGAGCAGCGAUUCGGCGACUGGUGCGAGUCAUUCCGCUACAUUCCGGCGCUGCAAGAGCGGAUUCGGCUGAUCGACAGCGGAGCCACGGUAAAACUACUGACUUACAAUCACGAAUUUCUCCGCUUCUUCAUGGCGCCGAGUGCAACACGCGAAUCACUGAAGACGUGCAGGCCUGUCGUCGCAUUGGACGGGACUUUUCUGAUACGUGCUCAGAAGGCUACUCUGCUGUACGCCAAUGCGAUGGACGGCAAUCAGCAGAUCAUCCCCAUCGCGUGGGCGCUCGUUGAGAGCGAAACCAAGGACACAUGGACUUGGUUUUGCCGGCUCUUUGAUAAGCACUGUUCCGACUGGAAGGGACGGGACGACGCGGCCAUCAUCAGCGACCGGGACAAAGGCCUCAUCCCGGCGGUGAAGGAAGUGUUCCCAGAGAAGGUGGCGCACUACUUCUGUGGGUGGCACAUGCAGCAGAACGUGAAGCGUGCCAUCCGCGGCGCCAGGGCCAUCUGCAGCGACUCGCCCACGCGCACCACCGUCUCCCUCGUCUGCGCCCCGCCCGUCCGCAGCCCCAGCAUCAUCCGCAGCCCCCAGCCCACCUGCAGCGCCAGGGCCUUUCGCAGCGGCCCGCCCAUAUGCAGCACCGUCACCCGCUUCUGCGACCCGCACAUCCGCUGCACCUGCACCAUCCGCAGCCCCCAGCCCUUCUGCAGCGCCAGGGCCUUCCGCAACGCCCCACCCCUCAGCAGCGCCGUCACCCGCUUCUACGACCCGCCCAUCCGCGGCACCUGCAUCAUCCGCAGCGCACUGCCCGUCUGCAGCGCCAGGGCCUUCCGCAGCGCCCCGCCCAUCCGCGUCUACAGGACCAUCCGCAUCACCGUCACCAUCCACUUCGACCCGCCCAUCUGCAGCACCAGGUUCGUUUGA